CGGCUUUAGCAAGCGUGUGACAAAUUGAGACGUAUGAGAAGCCAAAAAUAAAUAAAACGCAGCCUUUAGAAGAGCAUUAAUUAAACUUGUAUGGCGGCGCUGUAAACUAUAUUUUAAUGUAAUGCUGUUCAAAUCAUUCCUCUUGUGUAUGUUAUUUAAUGGUCGAACUUGGCAUUGAUUUCUUGUGACAGCUACUAGCUAGCUAACGUUACUGUAGCCCUAAACAGUUUGACCUAACCAUAGCUAGCCAUCUGGUCACUAAUGUCAUGUACUCAUUCUACCGGUUCAUGGUGUUGAAUCUGAUUUCCUACUGUAAAAACCUCACAGUCUCGUUGCGAUAUAUCGGAUCGGUUCAGAAGGUUAAGCGGCAUUUUUUGAGAACCCGCCGAGACGAAAAUCCAGUGCUUCUCUACUCAAGAAGGGCGACCAACCUCUGCCUGUUGCGCUCACCACACUGCCAUUCAAGCACCGGGCCAAUGGACGACAUUAACCGAGUUAAGAGGGUCUCUAUUGAAGGCAACAUUGCGGUAGGAAAGUCGACUUUCGCGCAACUCCUGCAGUUUGCUGGCCAAGACUGGGAAGUGGUUCCUGAGCCCGUGGGGAAAUGGCAGAGCAUCGAGAGUGGGUCUUCACAACAGAAGGUCAGUAACCUGUUGGAUAUGAUGUACCAGGACCCUCAGCGCUGGUCCUACACCUUUCAGACCAACUCCUGCAUGAGCCGCAUGCGCACCCAGCUGCAGCCACCACCAGCACGCCUGCUCAGAGCAGAGGGCGUCCCUGUGCAGGUCUUUGAGCGCUCUGUGUACAGUGAUAGGUAUGUAUUUGCCCUGAACAUGUUUGAGCUGGGCUGCAUCAACUCUACAGAGUGGGCUGUCUACCAGGACUGGCAUUCCUUCCUGGUGGAACAGUUUGGCCGUCAGGUGGAACUGGAGGGCAUAAUUUACCUCCGAGCCCCCCCACAGAAGUGUAUGGAGCGUCUGGGACAACGGGGGCGGGUGGAGGAGAAAGGAGUGCAGCUAGACUACCUGGAGAAACUACACACCCAGCAUGAGAGGUGGCUCAUAGACAAGAGCACUAAGCUGCACUUUGAGCGGUUGACCCGGGUGCCUGUAUUGGUGCUGGAUGCCAGUCUAGAGUUUGAGGAGGACCCUAAGGUGUGGGCCAAAUUUAUCACACAGGUGAAGGACUUCUUCAGUGGACUAUGAUGUACAGUCAGUUGUGCGGUUAUGAACUCCAUGGGAUCAAGAUAUCUGCAACCAUUUGGACCUCAGUCAGUAUAUGGCAUUUACAAAUGUAAACUUGCAACUGUUCUGUCUGAUUUAUCCCCCACAUCCUUUCACUAUAUCCUCACUUAUUUUGGGGUAUGUCAAGCUUCCAAUUGUGGGGUUUCCGUUGGCUAAUUACAGAUUUCAGUAUGCUUUUAACCAUGUUUGUGAAUAUAGAAUCAAAUCUAUAUUGGACCAUAUUCAACAUAAAUAAAGAAGCUGUUUUUGGAUUGUUAUCUGGGAACUGUAAAAAAAAAAGUAGGCCACAAUCUGAUGCAAAAUUGUCUGGUGUUGUGGAAAUUCUAACCAAUAAGGAGAGACUUAUUUCUUCAAACAAUCAUACUUUAAUAUCGAUUAAUUAUUGCAAUUAUGGAGCUGAUCAACGUUAAGAGCCCAACAAUACAGGAGGUCUUAGAGUGGACCUAAAAAUGGUUCCACCCCUCCCCGGCAGAUAUAGGGCAUCAGAAGCCACCUUGUUUUCUUCUUGUGGCUAUGUGUAUCGGGUCAUAGCGCACAAACAAGUAAUGUUAGUUCCGUUACUCCUCUGUUCAAACCAGACUCUGUUCACCUCAUAUCUCCACACAGCUGUGCCCUUGAAAGAUAUGAGAAGAACGGGAUGGACUGAGACAUUGUGGUCACUCUCAGGAGGCAGAGUGAAAAAAUGCCUUCAAACAGACAGUGGAAAUUUACAGGUUUAAGGCUCGUACAGCACAUGUGCAUAAAAGUUUAGCAUGAAGAAUUACUUGAAUAGUUCUUAAUCACAUUAUCUCUGCUACUGUAUACAAGAUUAAAGAGCUUAUACAGGA